AUGGACUCAUUCUAUGUUUCAGGCGGUGAUGGCGUGAAGAGAUAUGCCGUGCUUGGGGCGGGAUUCGCUGGCGUGGCGGUCGCUUACCACUUGUUGGAGAUGGCCAAGCGUCGUGUCCAAGUUGAGGUUUACGACAUGUGUGGCAUCGCAGCAGGGGCGUCUGGCGCUUCUGCAGGGCUGCUGCACCCCUACUCCGUGAAGGGCAAGGUGAUGUGGCGUGGCAGAGAGGCAAUGGCCAGUGCCAUGCACUUGGUCAAGGCAGCCAAGGCGGCAGCUUCGAGACUGACAGGGGAUGAUGCUCAAGUCAUUUGCUGGCGGCAUGGACUUGUCAGGGUGGCACAGACCAGGAAGCAGGUCUCUGGGUUCAGGCAGAUAAAGCCACCGACAGGAGGCCGUAACAACGGCCACCCUCUGGCGAUUUCACUGCAGGAAGCGCAACGUCUGAUCCCUGGGCUCACUGCUGGUGAUUGGAUGCGUGAGGAUGAGGCGGUUGAGGACACUGCUUGUCUGUGGAUACCCGACGGUGCUGUGCUGCACCCCAGGAGGUAUCUUGCUGCUCUGUGGGAAGCCUGCCAAGAGCUUGGGCGGCGCACAGGCAGCAGGGCGACCCUGGUGGUUGAGAAGGUGUCAUCUCUGGAGGAGUUGGAAUCCGCUCGGGGACCCUUUGAUGCCGUCAUCGUCGCGGCAGGGGCCACAGUGGAUUCCCUGCAGGAACUGAAGGGCAUGCUCCCUUUGAAUUUGUGCCAGGGCUGCACCAUGGCAUUGGAAUCGACCGGCCUACCAGAUGCCCCCUUGUACCCGGAGGCCGCUCCCAGCCUGCUGGGCCCCACGUACAUGGCCGCCCACGGCCGCGACCGCCUCGUCAUUGGCGCCACGAGCACUUACGGCUGGACCACAGAGGCCGCCCUUGGGGAGAUUGGCAAGGGCUUGGUGCCAGUGCGGGAGUGCGAGCACGACGUGUCGGGCCUUGGGGCCGCCGCCGGGCGCCUGUGGCCGCUGGCGCGGGAGUGGGGCGUCGCCGGCGUGCGGUCGGGGGUGAGGGCACUGCCGCCGCGGACGGAGGACGGCGCUGUGCCCCUCGUUGGGAAGGUCGAGGGGUGUGGGCCCGGACGCAGCUGGUGGGUGGUGGCCGGCCUGGGCGCCAGGGGGAUCCUGUACCACGCCUGGCUGUCACAGCUCGUGGCCCAAGCAGUCCAUCUGGGAAGUGAGAGCAACAUUCCGGCCGCACUGCUGAGAUGGAAGCGAUAG